UAUACGGUUACACUAAACAGCUGAUUAUGCUUGUUUAUUUAUUUGAAGAAGCCGAUAUUAAAAGUACUUUGAUAAGAUGACCGAAAAAAGGCGGUUUGUAUGCAUUAAUUGUGGCCAUGCUGUCAAGGAACUAUUCAAAAAAUACAGCAACACCCUAAAAACAACACAUUGUGAGAAAUGCCAUCAGAUCACGGAUAAGUACAUUGAAUUCGAGGAAUUUAUUAUAUUAAUAGACGCCCUUUUGUUGGAUUCUUUUGCCUUUCGUCACAUCAUAUAUAAUGGGGAAUUUAAGAUAUACUGGAAAGUUUCGUUGGUGGUGCUUCUAUUGGAAUCCUUUGCACUGUGCCGACAAAACCUUACCGAUCCGUCACAAGCCGACUUGCAUAUCCACGAGAAGGGUUUCUAUACAUACACGCUUCAAAAUAUAGGAGACUAUUUGCUCAUGACUUUACUGCUGCUAAUGAUCACAGCCACCCUCAGUAUUGAAUGGAUGAAGAGAAUGGGCGUUCGUAACUUUACGUUGAUUAUUUUUAAAGUCGUUUUGAUUUCCAACCUCUCAAAGUUCUUUCUUCUGCCAAUACUCGUAUGGCGGAGCAAUACAACAGUAUUUGGAAGGAGUUUGCACCACCUCCUGGUCAUGGGUCACCAUCUUUGUUCACUGGUCCUCGCCUACGAGGCUGUUGGAGCAACUAGGAAGGUUUUCCGUUGGUGGGCCUUCACAUUGGUAGUGCUUGCCUUUGUUUUAAAGGAGACCACGCGUCAUUUUGUCGCUCUCCUGCUGGAAGAUAAUUUUACGUGAAAGCUAAAAUUUUAAAGUACUUGAGUACUUGAGUACCCCAUUAUGUCAACUGCCAAAUAAAGAAUAAUAAUCGGUUAA